GAUCGGUUCGUGCGCGCGGUGCGUCAAAGGCAUUGUCUCCGGUCCCAUUAUUGCCCCCCCUACCCCCCCGUCAACAUGCGGCCUUUCCGACUGUCACCCACCUUCCGGAAGCCGGCCACCUUCCAUCAAGUGCGGCACUUCCACCCAACACGGCCCUCGCCCUUCCUGAACGAGGCCCUGGAGCUCUCAUCGACCUUCAUCCACAGCGUCCACUCUAUCAGCGGCCUACCAUGGGCCCUCUCCAUCCCAUUGACCGCCGUAAUCGUCCGAAUGACCGUGGCCAUGCCCUUCCAGUUGUAUAGCAAGAUGCAAGCGCACCGAGAAAACGAAGUGCAACCGCUGCAGGUGUCAUGGGCCAAGCACUAUCGCAACAAAGUCUACGAAGAAAAGACCGGCAAAUUACCCACCGACAAUGUCUCCCUGCAACCCAGGGAAAGAAUGCAGGUCCUGACGUUAGUGCGCCAGAAGAAGAAAGCCAUAUCGCGUCACAUGGGAAUCCCGCGGUUCUGGAGAGUGGCCAACUUCCUACAGAUCCCCGUCUGGAUCUCCGUCAUGGAGGGCCUUCGCGCGAUGUCGGGAAACAACCGCGGUCUGGUUCCCUGGCUACUGUCCUGCAUGGAGCCUGCAGCCCAGGCCGGAGAGACCCCCCUACGUCUGAUGGUCGAGCCGUCCCUAGCUACAGAGGGUGCUCUCUGGUUCCCGGAUCUGCUGGCGGGUGACCCGACGGGGAUCCUGCCCAUCGUGCUGACGGGUUCUAUCUUGCUUAACAUCCGUUGCGGGUGGAAGGUCCCUCCGCUGAAGGAUCUGGCUCACCUGCCGAAGAUAGAGAUGUAUAAGAAGUUUUUCACGCGGGGGAUAAGGCUCUUUAUCCAGAUACUAGCACUGAACGUCGGUGUCUCAUCCUACCUGUGGGAAAUGCCUGCCGCGUUGAUGAUCUACUGGACUACCAGCACCACGAUGGCAACCUUGCAGACUCUGUUUCUGGAUAGGGUUCUUUUCCCGACCAAGCCGUUGAAACCCUGGGUCAGACAGUACCUGUCGUACCGCUCCCCGACCAAGCAGACUAAACUCAAGCCGUGAGUUUAUUGGGGCUAUGAAUUGGAUACUUGGGUUUGCAGGGCUGGACGACGACUACGGGUCGUGAUUGAGACGAUAUAGCGGACCUACCGCCAGAGUGCGCUGUCGCCAAAGACAACCUCGGAAUUUGGAGACAUAGUUCUUCACAAGGGCAGGAACUCGGGACAAGUGAACGGCAAAC